AUGGGCCAGUCAGCAGAAGGAACCACGGAAUGGGAAGAGGAGUUGCUUAGAGGCGGCUGCGAUGCAUGGAUUGCUGUUCUUCUGACAUACUUGCCGAAUCUUUCUGGUUUCAUCGUGGAGCCUGCGUCACUUAUCGGCAGAUACAUUCGCAGUAUCGUGACACGGGCAGCAGCACGAGAGGCAGCCUUCACAUCCAUAUUGCAGGAGCUCUAUGAUUUUAGUAUCGUUCCAUCCGACCAGUGGGUACCAUCCCAGGCGAGCGAUUACGUACCUUUCUUUAAUCUCCCAUCUAUGAGACAGGUCACACUGUGGUGCGGAUUGAUGGACUCAGACAGCGGUGAUACAAUGCCUGGCCUUGGGUUCGAACGGGGGACUUUGCCAAUCACUGAAAUCGUGAUAAUGGGCAACGGAAGGUAUGGCAUGAGGGAACUAAUAAAAUCCUGCCAGAACCUCGAAGUCUUCGAUUGGCAGCAUAACGACAUAGAAUUGCUUGGGGAGUCGUACAGGAGAUUUCGUCCCAGGGCAUUCUGCACUUCCCUUUCAACCCAAAAGCAUAGUCUGGUAGAGCUUAGACUUCACGGCCAAUCAUUCUAUGGUAUUGGAUCUGAUUUCGACGAAGAUGAUGACGGAGAGGCAGAGUCCGAGCUUGAUCCUCCUGACAAUUGGUUUGGCUCGUUAGCAGAUUUUGUGAAGUUGCAAGAGCUACGCAUGCGUGUUGUCAAUCUCCUAGACUUCCGCUCCGAGAGCUUCGAGCCAAACAAGGCUUUGAAGAAUAUCCUCCCUGGAAGCUUAGAACGUAUCUUCCUGCCGGAGUGCCACGCGGAGCAUACCGAUCGACUCCAUCAGGAGUUGAUGAAACUGUUCGCAUGCAGGACGCAGAAAUUUCCCCACCUCGGACUACUUAUCAUCGUGUGCAAAUUUCUCAAGGAAUUGGAACCGCCCACUGCUACUCGAUGCGAAUGUGUCCCUGAUGCGCUUCAAAACUCAUUUGUCGAGCCUAUCAAGGCAGCUGCAGAAGGUGUCGAGGUCGAUUUUGGGGCUGCUUACAAGCGAGACGUGAGUCAGCCCUAUUUUUAUGCCACGAUUUGA